CUCAACCAAGUGGGAUGGAGUCUUUGUCCCACAUCCCAUUUUCGUUGAACGACGCUCUUUUUUUCCGCUUCUACAUGUCUGUGAUUCCUCCUCAUUAUUCCGAAAGAUACAUCAAUCUGCGUUAUAAUAAGGCACUCUACAUUGUUCAGCAUUUGCCAGCAUCAUCUACCUUUCAGCCAACGAAAGCUCAGAAAUUAGAGUUAUACGCAUAUUACAAGCAAGUCUCGCAUGGUGACGUCGAUACACAACGACCAGGAAUUUUCGAUGUAGUUGGAAGAGCGAAAUGGGAUGCGUGGAAAAAGCUGGAAGGCAUGAAACCAGUGGAAGCCAAGCAUCGGUAUAUCGACAUCUUGUUACGAGCGGCAACAGAGGUUCAAUUAUUUUUUUCCUGUCUCUUUGCAUUCAUCAGGAACGCGCAGUAAUACUCACACCUCUUCUUUAUUUUUUUCUUAUUUUAGGCAUACAAAAAGCCUUGGAGCAGGACUCAGGCACAAGAAAUUAUCCAAAUGUUUGCAAGCUUAAAGUUGACCGACGAUAAAGACACGGAUGUUGAAGAUGAUAGUGGCAACGAAUUAGUAGACGAAAAUGAUGAA